AUGAAUAAUACACUGUACGAAUUGAGAGCGGAACAGGAAAAAUUGAAAGAUAAAGUCAACAAGGAACCAGAUAUUCAGCUACUAAGAGCGGAUUUGAAGAAAGAAAGGGAUGAUAUGGAAGCGGAAAUUCGAUUAUUGAGAGCGGAUGUUCAAUUUCUAAGAGUGGAUAUGCAAUCAAUUAAAGCAGAUCUGGAACGGCAAAGAAAAUGUGGUGAAGUUAAGGAAUCGAGUCUUAGUGCGCAGUUGGAAAAACAAAAGAGUGACGGAGUGGAAAAGGAUUCGGACAAUCAGCAAAAUAUGAAUGGAACUAUUAUGGAAACAAAAUUUCAACAACUUAAAGCAGAUUUUCAAUCCCAAAGUGCGGAACUGGAAAAGCAGAAGAAGGAUGGAGUUGAAAAGGAUAUGAAUAUUCAACAACUUGAAGCGAAACUGAAACUACAGAUAAAAUAUGAAGUGGAAAUUCAAUCUCUCCGAACGGAACUAGAACGACAGAAAAAGUUGACAGUUGGAAUGAUUUACCCACCCAGUUGUACCGAGGCAAAGUCUAAUGGGAUCUACACACACAUUCCCAACUUUAGUGGUUCACCCUUUACUGUUACCUGUGAUGCGGAAACUCAAGGAGGGGGAUGGACGAUCAUCCUGAGGAGAAUGGAUGGAAGCGUCAACUUCUUUCGCAACUGGACUGAGUACAAAAAUGGAUUUGGAGAUCUGGAUGGAGAAUUCUUCUUAGGUUUAGAUAAAAUACACGCACUUACAGCAGAAAGGAGACAGGAGCUACUUGUGAUUCUUAAGGAUUCCGGGGGAGAAGAAAGAUAUGAGACGUAUGAUAACUUUGCAAUCGGCAACGAGGAUCAACAAUAUACACUAUACAGUCUGGGUGAAGCCAGUGGAACUGCAGGAGAUUCACUCAAAGUUCAUAUGGGCAUGAAAUUCUCUACUUUUGAUCGGGAGAAUGACAAAAAUGUCCUGUUAAACUGCGCUGAAUUUUACACUGGCGCCUGGUGGUUCAAUAAUUGUGGCGAUAGCAAAUUGACGGGCAAAUAUAAUGAUAACACUUAUGGCAGGGGCAUCAAUUGGAGCACUUUUUCUGGUUGGUAUUACUCCCUUAAAACGGCCGUUAUGAUGAUUCGGCCGAAAAAGUGAAUACUGACUUGUUAAUAUCACAAGCGGUUUCUGGAAUUUAUUAUUUUCGAUCCAUUAAUUUUUAUUCGAAUAUGCAUA